AUGCCGCCUGGCGUGGUCGCUGUCCAGCCGGGUGCGGUCCAGCAGGCCGGCACGCCGCCCGCCUUCUCGUACGCGGUGGGCACCCCUACCCAACCCACCGCGGCGUACCCAGGCUCCGCAACGCAGAGCGCCGGCUUUGCGGGCUUUGGCCCAAACGCCACUUCCAACGCAGUCUUCAAUGCGCCGGCACAGAAGCCGAUCGGCGCUCCCGUUGCAGGUGGCGCCUUUGUUCCGCUGUCCGCGUCUCUCUCCGGCUCCAUGACGGGGUCCGGCGCGACCGACUCACGUCCGGUGUACAUGAUGAGCCCACACGCGGUGCCGAUGGGCUACACGUCGGUGUUGUCGCCCGGCUACGCGCCGGUGGGUGCCGUGCCGAUGGUGUCCGGUGGCGGCGGCGGCGGUUACUAUUCGAUGGCCGUCUACCCUCCCAUGCCGUCGCGGUCGUCGGGAGACUUCAGCACGUCGCCGUCGGGCCCCCUCUUUGUGAACGCACCGGCGCAGAUGCCAGCACACGGCGCAUCCGCGGACUUCGCGCCCCCCGUUUCCAUGGGCGGCCUCCCGCCGGCCUUCAAUGGCGCCUUUGCCCCUCAGACUCCUUACGGUGCGCUGCGCAACGAGUUGUCGAAUCCCUUCCGUACGGCAAACAACCGCGCUGGCAAAGCGGGCAACGCCGGCCGCGGCUACGAGGCGGGUGUGUACUACGAAGGACGCGUGAAGCGCUUCAACCCGGUCCGUGGGUACGGGUUUCUAUCCGCCACGCACAAGCUGGUGAAGCUGAAGGAGGUGAAGGAGCGCGUGGCGGCGGAGACCAACGCGCCUGCCGAAUCUCGAGGUACCUCCACCGCAAAAGAUGGGCGCCACGCAGAGCACAACGGAGAAGCGCGGAGGGCGGCGACGCUCGGCAUGCGUGACAACGAAAAGCAAACCGGAGUGAAUCAGCGGACGACGCCGACCUCCACCAACCCCGCCGCAGCUGUCGCCGAUAACGAUGUACCUCUUAUUAGCAUCAUCACCGCUGCCGGCACGGAGGCGGAUCCGGAGAUCGACCUUGACGACGUCGUCGUCAUAAAAGGCGAGGAGUACGUGCGCAAGCCGGUGGUGAUGGGCGACAUCUUCGUCCACUAUCACUGUCUGCAGCGGACACCCGAGGAGCUGCAGAACGAGCAGAGCGGUGCCCUCGUAAACCUCCCCGCUGGCGCUCGCGUGCAGUUCAAGGCGGAAGUCUUCGUGCCCGCGCGGUUGAUGGAGGAGGCGCAGGACAGCAAGCAGGCGGCUGCGAUGCUGAACAGCAUCGGCAUCUCCGUCGACGAGGACCCGAACCUGCUCGCAGGGGCGAUUGCGACCAAGAAGGGUUGGGGCUAUCAGGCGAUGAACGUCGUGCAACUUCCGUCGCAGACCGCUGUGGGGCACCGUCGUCGACGUCGUGGCAAGGCGGGCAGUACCGGCAACGCGUCGACGGCGUCGAUGAGCUCCAUCAACUCUCUGCGACGCAGCCACACCCCGAGCCACGAGCGGAGUGAGCACGGCGAGAACUCAAAUGCCCUGGUACCGUGCAGUGAACAAAACUUGAUGAUUCGCGUGGAGGUGGCGAAUACGCAGCCGCCGCCGCCAUCGUUCGAGAGCGCGACGGCGAACAUGAAGUACGCGGUGCCGACGGCGGGUGGUGUGGUGUACUACUCGGCGUACCCCUACCUGAUGCCGAGGCAGCAGUAA